CCGUACACGGACCACAUCCCCCCCCAGUCUAUCCCCCAUGAACCCCUACCGCUAUACACCCCUCUUCCUGGCCAUGGAUUUGUAUCCCCCCAAUGCUCCGCCCCGCUGAUAAAAUAACAGUGAUAAAGUGCUGAGUCCCCGUGUAGCCAGUCCCCGCCCCCCCUCCGAGGGGCUCUGUCCCAGCGCCGGGCGAGGGGUCCCCGUGUAACCAGUCCCCGCACCCCACCCCCCGGGGCUGCGUCCCAAUGCAGGGCGAGGGGUCCCCGUGUAGCUAGUCCCCGCCCCCACCCCAGUGGCUGGUGUGAAUUGAUCUCAUGCAUUCGGAGUGCACGGGGCGCGGGGGGGGGUCCUCAGGUGGGGCGGGCGGCCUGAUCCUGCUCUAACCCCCCCGCCCCGCUUCCCUCCCUGCCCCCUCCCGGCAGCGUCCCUCCCUGGAGGAGAUGGAAGCGAAUGCGAGCGACGAGGGCGUCCAUUUCCAGAGCUACCCCUUCGACUUCCUGGAGUUCCUGAACCACCAGCGCUUUGAGCCCAUGGAGGCCUACAACCAGGAGCACGCCAAGGCCGUGGCCUCGCUGCCCUGCCCCCAGCCCCCCUACGAGUAUCCCCCGCCGCCCGCCGGCGCCCCCCACUUCGACCGCCCUGCCCCCGCCAAGCCCAAGGACUUCAAAGCCGAGGGCCCCGCCCCCUCCGCCUCCGGCGCCGCCCAGCCCAAGAAAGCCGAGCCCGGCACCGCCCCCCCGCAGCAGUACAGUGCCGCCGCUGUGCCCGCCGCCCCUCCGCUCUUCGACGGGGCGGGGGCUUUCGGCGCCCCCCAGUGGGGCAUCGUGGACCUCUCGGGGCACCAGCACCUCUUCGGGAGCCUCAAGCGGGGCGUGGGCACGGCCCCGGCCCCGGCGGCCCCGGCCGACAGCCCGGCCGGCAAAGACGACAAAAACUAUUUCCGGCGGCUGAAGUACUUCAUCGACCGGCGCUUCCCCUGCGGCGUGUGCCAGAAAUCCUUCAAGCAGUCAUCCCACCUGGUGCAGCACAUGCUGGUGCACACGGGCGAGCGGCCGUACGAGUGCUCCACCUGCGGCCGCACCUACAACCACAUCUCCAGCCUCAUCCGCCACCGGCGCUGCCACAAGGAGCCGCCUGAGGCCGGCCCGGCUGCCGCCGCCGCCACCGCCCACCUGCCGCCGCCAGCCCCGGCCACCGAGCCGGCCGGGGAAGGCAGCCCCAGCCCAGCCCAGCCCGAUGGCCCCUUCACCUGCUCCCUGUGCUGGAAAGUCUUCAAGAAGCCAAGCCACCUGCACCAGCACCAGAUCAUCCACACUGGCGAGCGGCCCUUCAGCUGCUCCGUCUGCGAGAAGAGCUUCAACCGGCGCGAGAGCCUCAAGCGCCACGUCAAGACCCACUCGGCCCUGCUGCGGGUGCCCUGCGGCGUCUGCGGCAAGGAGUUCCGGGACGCCGCCUACCUGCUCAAGCACCAGGCCUCCCACGCCGGCCCGCGCCCCAACUACAAGUGCGACGUCUGCGGCAAGGCCUACGCCGCGCCCCAGAGCCUGCUGCGCCAUCGCCAACUCCACGAGGGGGCCCCCGCCCCCCCCAAGGAUGCCCCUACCACCGACUCGGCUCCAGCCGCCUACCAGGGGCCCUUCCUGCUCCCCAAUGAGGCCCCCCACGCCGAGGGGGAGGCCAAGGCGGCCUUCGGCAACGCGGCGCUGCUGGGGCCCCACCCGCUGCUGCUGGGGGCCGGCAAGAGCUUCUGCUGCGGCAUCUGCGGGCGCGGCUUCGGCCGGCGGGAGACGCUGAAGCGGCACGAGCGGAUCCACACGGGCGAGAAGCCGCACCAGUGCUCGGUGUGCGGCAAGCGCUUCCGGGAGUCCUUCCACCUCACCAAGCACCACGUGGUGCACACCCGGGAGCGGCCCUACAAGUGCGAGCUGUGCGGCAAGGUCUUCGGCUACCCGCAAAGCCUCACCCGCCACAAGCAGAUCCACCGGCUGCAGCUGCCCUGCGCCCUGGGGCCCGCCGGCGCCCUGCCCACCGAGGGGCUGAGCUACGGCUGCUCCGACUGCGGCGAGCGCUUCCCCGACCUCUUCCACGUCAUGAGCCACAAGGAGGCCCACAUGGCCGACAAGCCGUACGCUUGCGACGCCUGCGGCAAGUGCUUUGGCUUCAUCGAGAACCUCAUGUGGCACAAGCUGGUGCACCAGACGGCCCCCGAGCGGCUGCUGCCCGAGGGGGCCUGCGCCGAGGCCGCCCCGCCCCCCGGGCCCGCCGGCUGCCUGGAGAACGGGCUACCCGGGGAGGCGCAGGCCAGUGCCGCCGCUGCCGCCGGCCUGGCCUCCCUGGUGGCCCCGUCCGAGGAGCACCCCAUGAUCCCCAGCGGGGAGCGCUUCACCUGCGGCAUCUGCGGGCAGAGCUUCAAGCACUUCCUGGCGCUGGUGACCCACAAGUACGUGCACCUGGUGCGGCGCACGCUGGGCUGCGCCGUGUGCGGGCGCAGCUUCGCCGGUGCCUACGACCUGCUGCUGCACCGCCGCACCCACCUGCAGAAGCGCCACUUCAGCUGCUCCGUCUGCGGCAAGCGCUUCUGGGAGGCGGCCCUGCUGAUGCGCCACCAGCGCUGCCACACCGAGGAGCGGCCCUACCGCUGCGCCGUCUGCGGGCGCGGCUUCCUGCGCUCCUGGUACCUGCGCCAGCACAAGGUGGUGCACACGGGCGAGCGGGCCUACAAGUGCGCCCUGUGCAACAAGCGCUUCGCCCAGUCCUCCAGCCUGGCCGAGCACCAGCGCCUCCACGUGGUGGCCCGGCCCCAGCGCUGCCAGACCUGCGGCAAGACCUUCCGCUACCGCUCCAACCUGCUGGAGCACCAGCGCGUGCACCUGGGGGAGAAGGUGUACCGCUGCGACCUCUGCGGCAAGAGCUUCUUCUACCUCUCGUCCAUCCUGCGGCACCAGCGGGCCCACAACGCCCGCCGCGACCUGCGCUGCUCCGCCUGCCUCAAGCUCUUCAAGGACCCCAAGUACUUCAGCAAGCACGUGCAGACCCACCAGGGCGGGCACCCCUUCAAGUGCAGCACCUGCGGCGAGGCCUUCGCCAACACCUACGGCCUGAAGAAACACCGGCACCUCCACAAGCUGGAGCGCCUGGCCGCCCUGGGCCACAAGGACCCCCUGAGGGGGAGAGACGGGGGAGGGGGCAGGUUGGGGGCAGACUCCUUAGUGCCACAUAUCCACCGGGUGGGGGGCAGGUUGGGGGCAGACCCCUUUAGUGCUAUGGAAGCAUUGGGGGGUGUGGUAGGUUGGGGGGCAGAUCCCUUAGUGCCAUGUAAUCACCGGGGUGGGGGGCAGGUUGGGGGGCAGACCCCUUAGUGCCACGUAACCACCGGGUUGAGGGGCAGGUUGGGGGGCAGACCCCUUAGUGUCACGUAACCACCGGGGUGUGGGGCAGAUUGGGGGGCAGACCCCUUAGUGCCAUGUGUCCACUGGGGUGGGGGGCAGGCUGGGGGGCAGACUCCUUAGUACCACUUAUCCACUGGGGUGGGGGGCAGGUUGGGGGGCAGACCCCUUAGUGCCUCGUAUCCAGUGGGGUGGGGUGCAGACCCCUUAGUGCCAUGUAACCACCGGGGUGGGAGGCAGGCUGGGGGCAGACCUCUUAGUUUCACGUAUCCACCAGGAGGGCGGAAGGUUGGGGGCAGACCCCUUAGUUCCACGUGUCCACUGGAGUAGGAGGCAGGUUGCGGGGCAGACCCCUUAGUGCCGUGUAUCCACCUUCUGUGGUGGCCCCCCCGUUUCCAUGCAGGAACCUAGGACUCUGUGGCCCCCUUGGGUGACAGCGCCCUGCCCCACUGGAGGACAUCUCGGACCCUCCCGAUUUAAGGGAGCUUCCUCCACCCCUGCUGAUGGGCCACGGACUCCCUGCCGGGCAGAGGCUGCUGGACCUGGCACUGCCGAGGGGGCGAGACCCCCAGUACUUUCCUGGACCCGGCCCUCUCCCAGUGCCCCCCCGCAUUGAUGGGGGGAGUUUGGUGGGUCUCGCCUGCUGACUGUGCCCAGCGGUGCAGGCUGGGACCCCGGCGGACUGAGGUGGGCACGGUGCCCACCAAACGGCCCUUCCCCGGCCGGCGUCUGGACAGUGGCACCCAGCCAGGGCUCGACACGGACAGGAGCAAAGGCCAGGGACACUCCGGGCUUCUCCCUCCCCACGCAACAGCCUGGAGCUAGGGCUGGCCAGGACCUGAAAUCCCGCUGGAUGGGGGCCAUGGCCGUCUGAAGGAGGCGCUCUCUGCAGGACCGUCGCUCCGGCCACCCACGUGGUGCACCCUGGGGCUGGAGACUAAUGCUGGGGAGCUGCUUUCCCACUGGCUGGUGACCCCCCUCCCAACUCCCUGUUUUGCAGGGUGGACGCAGGCCAGGCCCCAAGAUGGACCGAGGAGCUGUGCCACGAUUCGCUGGCAAAGCCCCCAGGCGGCUCUGCAGUGCCCAGACCAGCAGGAUGGGCCCUGGGGCGUCCUGGUGCCAGUGUGGAGCUGGUAAUCAGGGCCCGGGGGGGGGGGGGUGGAGCUGGCUGUGCAGUGGGGCUGCCUCCCCCCGAGUGGGGCCAGCCCUGGGGCUCAGACCGCGGGGGCGGGGGGCUCUGCCACAACGAACUCUCCAAGGGUCAGACAGGUCCUAGUGGCUGGAUCUGGGGGUUAACCCAGCUGGUCGGAAGUGCAUGGCCCAGGGGGCGGCUCUGUUCUAACCUGAACUAGCCAAGCGGAGCAGCCCCAUGCGGGUGGGAAGCUCAGAGCCACGGCCAGACACACCAGGAGUUGCAGCAAAUAUCCCCAGUUCUGGCUAGCUGGCUACCCUUCCCUCCCUCCGUCCCCUUCCCUCCAUCUCUCCCUCACUCCAUCUGUCCAUCCCGCCUUCCAUCCAUCCACCCCCAUCCCCUCCCUCCAUCUCCAUCCCUCCAUCUGUCCAUCACUCCAUCCA